CAAUAAGCAACAGCGCGCGGAAAUCAAACGCCAACGACAAGCAUGAAGAAGGAGAAAAUAAUUGAAAUAGAAAAACACAAAGAAAACAAACAUGGAUUCUGAAAUUAAGUAUAAAAACGCGACAGACGCAAGUGACACAGAUGAGAGUGUCAGUUUUGACGAAGUUUCUACUGUUGCUAAAUUGUGGAUGUUGAACUUUAUGUUUCUGGAUCUGUGUCGACAGUUCAAGGAAGACGACUACGAUGAAUUCAAUGAAAAGUGUUUGGCUUUCUCGGCCACUUCUUCUACACCGAAUGGAAAUAUCUGUAAAGAGAAAUUGACGAUAUGUGCCUUCCUUACAAGAGUCAUGCAUGGAGAUCAGUUGGAUGUUGAAUUUGAAGAGGAAGCAGGUGUGAUGCCUCUGAUGUCUGCUGCCAAAGUAUGGUCAAGCCUAGAGUACGCUGUGGAGGACGAGAUGUUCAAAAACAUCGCCCAACUUUUGCUUGUCCAGUCUGUGGCUGUUUGCUUGGUGCAAGGCCAAAGAUCUUCUGCCUCCUCUGCCCUCAAGUGGUUUGAGAAUAACGGUGACUUCUCACAGCACAACUUGAUAGUUAAGCUGUCGACAAUAGUGACAAAGGGGGAAACCUACCACCCAUUCCUCGUGAGCUUCAGCUUCAGCCGCCUGCUGAAGUCGAUUAAAUCUUUCUUGGAUGCCUACUUGGAGAUUGAUCCCUGUGACUACCUCUUCAAGGAAGCCACAAAGGAGGCGCAGUCGUUAAAAAGGGAACGGUUGAAAUGUUGGGAUGAAGCCGACAUAUCAAAAGAGAACAGAAAGGAAAAUGAGAAGAAGGCGGUUGGUUUGAGAACAAAACGGAAACUACUGUCAACUAAAACAUUGGAUAUAUUGCCGACAGAUUCGUGCAAGAAGUCGUUUGUCUCUCUCAGAAGAAUCCCCCACAGCGCGUUAUCUGAAGUGACGUCCGCAAAGUCAAUGGACACCUCGAAGGUAAAAAAAAACCGAAAACCACCUCAGAAAUGGACGCUCCAGCUGGACAAAUACCUUGAGGCUGGAGUUAAACGUCACGGCCAGGGAAGUUGGUCUCGCAUAUUAAUGGAUUUUGACUUUGACGGGCGCACUGGCACCAUGCUCAAAGACCGCUGGAGAGUUUUAAUGAAGACGCAUAAAGUAGGCUAGAGAGGGAGAGUCACUCUAACUUUUACAUUGUUGCAAUGUACCUGUAAAUACAGCUCGACCUAACCUUCAUCAGCCCAUAGCUUCAUUUCUCUUGCACCAAGAACAUAUACCACUAGAGGGCACUCAACACAAUGAUUAUUUGAGCUAUAUCUAUGGCCUUCUAUCAUGGGAUACAUUUGAUAGUUCACUCAUUUAACCCCUUUCAACACAUCGGCUAAACUCUUAAAAUAAAUCCUUUUGUGUUGUGCUUUGUUGGCAUCAAAUAUAUUUCAUACCACUAGACGGCACUCAAUUCACUGAACUCUGCUGUUUGUGUUGCUUCUAUCAUCGAGAACAUUUCAUGUUUGUUUGUUUUUAUUUUCUUGGCGGGAAAUCAGUUCACACAUGUAAAAUAUUGUUGUAAUUUUAAGUUAAAACAUUGUGCUAUAACAUUGCAGGAAACUAAUACAACAUUGGCUUGGUACAAUUAAAAUUAUGAUUUCCUCUGACGGGUGCUUAAUGUGUAAUAAAAAGGGUGAAAUACUG